GGCCAGGCCUCCAGUUCUCUAUAUUAUAUAAGGAAGAGAACUCUCUAGCUUUUAGGUAAGGCUAAAAGAAGGUGUCUUUUGAACUUUUGAGAUUCAGGAUUAAAGAGGCAGGAGAACAAAAAUGGGAGCCGGUGGCAAUAUGUCUGCUCCAACAACUAAAACAGAAGGAAAGAAAAAUCCUCUCCAAAGAGCGCCAAUUUCAAAGCCCCCUUUUAGUAUUGGUGAUAUCAAGAAGGCCAUCCCUCCUCACUGCUUUCAACGAUCUCUCAUUCGCUCGUCCUCCUAUCUUGUUCAGGAUCUCAUACUUGUCUACAUCUUUUACUACAUUGCUGCCACUUACAUCCAAGUCCUUCCAACCCCGUAUCGUUAUCUAGCAUGGCCAAUUUACUGGAUACUUCAAGGUUGUUUUAGCACCGGAUUAUGGGUCAUUGCCCAUGAAUGUGGCCAUCAGUCCUUUAGUGAUUACCAAUGGCUAAAUGAUACUGUUGGUUUUAUCCUCCACUCUGCACUUUUAACACCAUAUUUCUCAUGGAAAUAUAGUCAUCGUCGUCACCAUGCCAACACUAAUUCUCUUGAGAAUGAUGAAAAUCAUGUGCCUAAGCUUAAAACCAAACUAAGAUGGUACACCAAAUUAUACAUGAAUAAUCCACUAGGAAGAUUAUUCAUGCUUGCCUUCACCAUCACUGCUGGCUUACCUUUGUACUAUGCCAUCAAUGUAGCCGGCAAACCUUAUGAUCGUUUUGCAAGUCAUUAUGACCCAUAUAGCCCAAUUUAUAAUGACCGUGAGAGACUACAAAUCUACAUCUCAGAUGCAGGUUUGAUUGCAACUAUUUAUGUAUUGUAUCGCGUUGCUCUGACACAAGGGCUAACUUGGCUCAUAUGCAUCUAUGGGGUGCCCCUCGUAAUAGUGAAUAGUUUCAUAGUGAUAAUCACUAUGUUACACCACACUCACUUGUCAUUGCCACAUUAUGAUUCAUCGGAGUGGGAUUGGCUAAGAGGGGCACUAGCUACGGUAGACAGAGAAUAUGGCGUGCUAACUAAGGUCUUCCACAAUAUUACAGAUACACAUGUUUUGCAUCAUAUGUUCUCAACCAUACCACAUUACCAUGCAAUGGAGGCAACCAAGGCUAUCAAGCCAUUACUUGGAGAAUACUACCGAUUUGAUGAAACUCCAUUUUACAAAGCAUUAUGGAGAGAAUUUGAGUGCAUCUAUAUUGAGAAAGAUGAAGGAUCUCAAGGCCAGGGUAUUUUCUGGUAUAAAAACCACUAAUGUAGGAGUGGAAUCAUAAUAAAUACUUACCUAGAAUUGGCUAAAUCUUCAGCCUAAGUCGUGAUAAGUAUUUUGGAUUGUAUGUUUUCGUAAUAUUGUAUUUGGAUUGUUACUUUAAAAUUAUUGUAAAUGUGUUGUUAAGUAACUAUGAAAAUGUUUGUUUCA